UAAACACUGUCAUUUUUAGCAGGAGACGUCGACGAAAGGUACAACAAACUAACUGCGUCUGUGCUGUCAAAUUUUAAUCGUUGUCAUCAGAAUGGCUGGUCCCAAAACGUUCUUUGCAAUUCUAGCGAUAGUUUGCCACGUCCAUGCGAGCUGCAGCUUACCUGAAAGAGCCGUAGAAGCAGGGCAAAAGGAUGAAAACGAUCUUCCAACAAACGAGGGUUGUGAACGUGGCUUACCAGGACGAGAUGGGCGAGAUGGCCGUGACAGCAUAGUUCCAGGCCCACCCGGGAAAAGAGGUUCUCCUGGAUCUCGUGGUGUUCGUGGCCCACCAGGCAAUAGUGGAGGCACAGUGUACACAAGAUGGGGAAAAAAGACAUGCCCAAGUGGAGCAACUCUUAUAUAUUCAGGUACAAGUUGUGCAAUAGGAGCAUUAUAAUUAAACAUGCAAGCG